AUGGAAAGCAUUCACUGGCCCCAGUUACUGGCGCCCUUGCCCGAAGGGAGGGGCCUCCGCCGUCGCCCCUCCAGAGCGCGGGCCGUCCGGGCCCCCAGCCAUCCCCUGGCGCCGCUGCUGGCGCCGGUGGAGGGCGCGGGUCAGGCCCGGAGGCCCGAGUUCCUCGGUGUGUCUGGGGAGACGCUGGGGUGGCCUCGGGCCGGGAAGCUCUGUGGGAGAAAACCCGGCCCCGGGAGGGUGUGGGUUCCCGGCCGUCGGGGAGCGAGCGCGGCGGUGGGGAGGGCGGGGAGCGCGGGGCCGCCCCCCACGCACCUCCUGGCCUCGGCUCCGCGCCCGUGGGGGGGGGGAGGGGGGUGGGAAAGGGGCGUGUGCCUGCGCACGCGCGCUCCCGGGAAGGCGAGGUCUCCGCGCAAAAGCGAGCGGCCCCAGUUUUCGGGAGGGAGCGGCGGCGCCGAGCGGAGGACGAGGGCGCCAUGGCCGGGCUCCUGCUGCCUGCCGCCGCUGCUGCUGCUGCCGCCGCUCCUGCUGCUGCUGCGGACGCUGCACAUCUGGCCGCGGCUGCGCUGGCUAGCGGCGGACUUGGCCUUCGCGGUGCGCGUCCUGCGCUGCAAUCGGGCUCUCCGGGCGCGCGCCCUGGCCGCGGCCGCCGCCGACCCGAGGGGCCCCGAGGGGGGCUGCAGCCUGGCCUGGCGCCUCGCGCAGCUGGCCCGGCAGCGCCCCGCGCACGUCUUCCUCAUUCACGGCGCGCGACGCUUUAGCUACGCGGAGGCCGAGCGUCAGAGCAACCGGGCUGCGCGCGCUUUCUUGCGCGCGCGGGGCUGGGACGCGGGGUCGGGCGGCGGCGCGGGGAACGAGCGGGCCGCCGGGGCGGCCGGCGCCGCGGCCCCUCUGACCCCCGGGGCCACCGUGGCGCUGCUGCUCCCCGCCUGCCCGGAGUUCCUGUGGCUCUGGUUCGGGCUGGCCAAGGCCGGCCUGCGCGCGGCCUUUGUGCCCGCCGCCCUGCGCCGGGGUCCCCUCCUGCACUGCCUCCGCAGCUGCGGCGCGCGCGCGCUGGUGCUGGCGCCAGAGCUCCUGGAGUCCCUGGAGCCUGACCUGCCGGCCCUGAGAGCCAUGGGGCUCCAUCUGUGGGCUGCAGGCCCCGAAACCCGUCUGGCCGGAAUCAGCGAUGUGCUGGCGGAGGCCUCAGCCGAAGCGGAUGAGCCGGUGCCCGGGUACCUAUCUGCCCCCCAGAGCGUAAUGGACACGUGCCUGUACAUCUUCACCUCCGGCACCACGGGCCUCCCCAAGGCUGCACGGAUCAGCCACCUGAAGAUCUUGCAGUGCCAGGGUUUCUACCAGCUGUGCGGUGCCCACCAGGAGGAUGUGAUCUACCUUGCCCUCCCGCUCUACCACAUGUCUGGCUCCCUACUGGGCAUUGUGGGCUGCCUGGGCAUUGGGGCCACAGUGGUGCUCAAGUCCAAGUUCUCAGCUGGCCAGUUCUGGGACGACUGCCAGCAGCACGGGGUGACGGUGGUCCAGUACAUCGGGGAGCUGUGCCGAUACCUUGUCAACCAGCCCCCGAGCCAGGCGGAACGGGGGCAUAAGGUCCGACUGGUGGUGGGCAGCGGGCUGCGCCCGGACACCUGGGAGCGUUUUGUGCGGCGCUUCGGGCCGCUGCAGGUGCUGGAGACGUAUGGCCUAACGGAGGGCAAUGUUGCCACUUUCAACUACACGGGCCAGCCAGGUGCUGUGGGGCGUGCUUCCUGGCUUUACAAGCAUGUCUUCCCCUUCUCUUUGAUUCGCUAUGAUGUCACCACAGGGGAGCCGGUUCGGGACACCCAGGGGCACUGUGUGGCCACAUCUACAGGUGAGCCUGGGCUGCUGGUGGCCCCAGUGAGCCAACAGUCCCCCUUCCUCGGCUAUGCUGGGGGACCAGAGCUGGACCGCGGGAAGCUGCUGAAGGACGUCUUCCGGCCUGGAGAUGUUUUCUUCAACACUGGGGACCUGCUGGUCUGCGAUGACCAAGGCUUUCUUCGCUCAGAUCGUACUGGAGACACCUUCAGGUGGAAAGGGGAGAACGUGGCCACGACCGAGGUGGCGGAGGCCUUGGAGUCCCUGGAUUUUGUUCAGGAGGUGAACGUCUACGGAGUUACCGUGCCAGGGCACGAAGGUAGGGCUGGGAUGGCGGCCCUGGUUCUGCGUCCCCCCUACUCUCUGGACCUUGAGCAGCUCUACAGCCACGUUUCUGAGAACCUGCCGCCUUACGCCUGGCCUCGAUUCCUAAGGCUCCAGGAGUCUCUGGCCACCACAGAAACCUUCAAGCAGCAGAAGGUUCGGAUGACAAAGGAGGGUUUUAACCCGAGCGCACUGUCUGACCCCCUCUACGUUCUGGACCGGGCUGGGGGUGCCUACCUGCCCCUCACACCUGCCCGGUACAGUGCCCUCCUGGCUGGGGACCUUCGCAUCUGAGAGCCCUCCCCGCCAAGGUGUCUGAGGGAGCGGCUUUGUGGGGUGGGGGUGUGGCAGGUGCGCCAGGGUUCCCCCGGGGUCUUUUUUAUACCAGAUUUGUAAUCAUUAUUUUGUAAUAAAUGGGGCCAGGGCCAAUCUCUGA